UAUGUCAUUUACGCCUGUCUUGGUCUUCCCAUGGUCUUCGCCAGAGAAUGACGGGCUCUGUUUUUUGCCUUUGGGAAACCAUGGUUGUGACGCGUUUCUCCUUGCGCAGAUCCCGGAUGGAACAGCCAUUGGGGAAGGUAGUGGUUUGGGCUGUACAAUUAACGUUACUAAGGAGGGUUACAGAGAGGGAAAAAUAAUUAAAGUGGUCGUUUGCAGAUUAAAAAAAUCUGUAAACAUUUCGGGAACUUUCGACUGUGGACAUUUGAGAAUCUGUUCGCGGCAGUGUAAUUCUGGGAUCUGAAUAGCGGUCUGGAGAAGACACACAGUAGCCCUUUUGAACUGUGAAAGUUGAGGUGCUUUACAGCUAGCUCCAGCAAGCUACGUGCCGCUUGUGAAAAACACUUUGCUGCUAAACAGUGAACGCAACACGGAGCUGGGAAGACUUUUACUGGCUCCGUUCGUGUUAAGGGGCUUGCUUAUGAAUUAACGUUAUGUCUGCCACAAGCAUUGACCCUCAGAGACCAAAGGGACAAGCAUCUAAAGUACAAAACGGAUCUCUCCAUCAGAAGGACACUGUUCAUGACAAUGACUUUGAACCAUACCUACCUGGCCAGUCCACUCAGAGCAACAGCUACCAGUCCAUGAGUGACCCCUACCUCUCCAGCUACUACGCCCCGUCCAUCGGGUUCCCGUACCCCCUCAGCGAGGCGCCGUGGUCUACGGGGGGAGACCCCCCGAUUCCUUACCUGACCCCCUACGGACCGUUGAGCAAUGGUGACCACCACUUCAUGCACGACACGGUGUUCGGCCAGCCGGGGGGGCUGGGCAGCAGCAUCUACCCCCCCCGUUUCAGCUUCUUCCCCGAGAACCCGGCCUUCUCCGCCUGGGGCACCAGCGGGUCCCAGGGCGGCCAGACGCAGAGCUCGGGCUACGGGGGCAGCUACAGCUACCCGCCGAGCUCCUUGGGGGGCACCCUGGUGCCGGACGGCCAGAGCGGCUUCCACAGCGACACGCUCAGCAAGGCGCCGGGCAUGAACAGUCUGGAGCAGGGCAUGGUGGGGCUGAAGAUCGGCGCUGGUGACGGCCCGGGGUCAGGGGUCAAGGCGGUGGGCUCCGUGAUUGGUGGUGGGCCUUCCAUCGCCACGGGCAACGGCACACCCAUCGGCAUGGCCCUGUCCAAACCCACGUCCUGGGCCGCCAUCGCCAGCAAGCCGGCCAAGCCGCCGCAGCUGAAGCUCAAGAGUAAAGGGGGCGUGGUCACCCUGGGCGCCGCCCUGCCACCGCCACCUAUCAAACACAACAUGGACAUCGGCACCUGGGACAACAAGGGGCCCGUGUCCAAAGUGGCCUCCCCUCCCCACGAGCUCCAGCAUCAGCAUCAGCACCCCCACCCACACUCCCACCCCCACCAGCACCCAGAGCAGCAGUCCUCCCAGCCCCUCCCCAACUCCCAGCCCCUCCCCCUGCCACCGCCCCCCCUCCAGCCGCCCCAGUCCCUGGCCAUGCCCGCCUCGCCCUCCGGCCCUCACCAGCCGCCCCUGCAGGCUGCUCCGCAGCAUUACCAGAACCACAGCCAGCCGCCGCUGGCCCAGACACGCUGGGUCGCUCCACGCAACCGUAACCCUGGUUACGGCCAGAGCUGUGGCGGCGGGCCGGGCGUGCUGGACGGCGGGUCGCUCCCCUUGGGCGUAACCAGGGUUACGGUGGCUGGCGUGCUCGGCGUGGCGGGUGCCUUCGGGGGGGCGGCGGGGGACCCGCACCCCGUGCUGGAGAAGCUGCGCUCCACCCACAGCUACAACCCCAAGGACUUCGACUGGAACCUGCGCGGCGGCCGCGUCUUCAUCAUCAAGAGCUACUCAGAGGACGACAUCCACCGCUCCAUCAAGUACUCCAUCUGGUGCAGCACGGAGCACGGCAACAAGCGGCUGGACGCUGCGUUCCGCUCCGCCACCGGCAAGGGCCCCGUCUACCUGCUCUACAGCGUCAACGGCAGCGGGCAUUUCUGCGGAGUGGCCGAGAUGCGCUCGCCGGUGGACUACAGCACCAGUGCGGGCGUCUGGGCGCAGGACAAGUGGAAGGGCAAGUUUGACGUGGACUGGCUCUUCAUCAAAGACGUGCCCAACAGCCAGCUGCGUCACAUUCGCCUGGAGAAUAACGACAACAAGCCGGUGACCAACUCGCGGGACACCCAGGAGGUACCCCUGGAGAAGGCCAAGCAGGUCCUCAAGAUCAUCGCCACCUACAAACACACCACCUCCAUCUUCGACGACUUCUCCCACUAUGAGAAAAGGCAGGAGGAGGAGGAAGAGGUGCGCAAGAACUUUCAACCAGAGCCUGCACCCAUCCAGAACCGGUCUCGAUUGGAUCAGGAGCGCCAAAAUAGAAAUAAACAAUAGAAGACUGUCUCCCCAGCUUCAACAGUUAUAUUGAGGACUGGCAUUUCUUUCAAAAGGAACACAGAAGAAUGAAAAUUGAAAUCAAAUUAUUUUUUUCCUUAUUUAAUCUUGGAGAAUUUCAGCCAACAUUGUGACUCCAGCUUUUUUGCUCCAGGUACCUCCUCUUGUGCAGGGAUCUAACGAGCUGAGUUUGUGUGUCACGUAAUCACACCACUUCUCUUUUCUUCGUUUGUUAUAUUUGAUUUCUCUCCUGUUCAGAUCCCACCCUCUUGCUGCCUUCCUCUCUCACUCUUAGCCAAUCAGGGUUUAACAGCUCCCUCUUAGCUAAUCAGGGUUUAACAGCUCCCUCUUAGCCAAUCAGGGUUUAACAGCACCAAUGAAGAGAAUCUGACAUGUAAUCUUUUCCCCCCUUGUUAAAUCACGGAACUGAAUUGUACUGCUCCUCCUUGGCCACUAGAGGCCAGUGUUGAGCUGUGUGUGCCAACAGGGACUCAGGGUCCUCACUCACUCUCAUCACCGUCACAGAACAGGAAGAGAUCCACAUCUCUGAUUUCAACUCAUUUGUUUUUAUUUUCCGUUGAUAAAGAAAAUAUGACUGUGUAUUUAUUUACUCUGAGCCUUAAGGAUUUUUUUUCUUCUGUACUUUGCAAUGACUCUUGGUAAAAAAGAAAGAAAGUGACAGAACGGGAGCAAUCAGGGAAACUGAGGGAGAGUUCUCCGACUUUCGGACUAUUAAGAGGCUCAGAAGACUGUUGUGUUGGCAUGGGAAGGCUUGUUCUAAUCCUGAUGUUUUACACUUGUGUUUAUCCACCUGUUUGUGUGUGUGUGUGUGUGUGUGUGCGCGUGCGUGUGUGUGUGCGUGUUCAGCAGUGUAAAAGGAGCAAGUGUCUUGGGGAAAAAAAUAAGUGUGUACUGUAGUUGGAAAGUAUGUAGCAUACACAGACAUAAACAAAUGAGAUUUUAUUGUUAGAAAACUCUGUGAUGACUUUGCCAUGUUGAAUGCCUGUGUUCACAUCUUCACUGUUGAUUCUAAAUCCUCGCUGUUCUGUUUCCUCGGUUACCCCUGCUCCUGUUCAUGCCAUCUCUGUGCUAUAUAUUGCCCGUUUGUCCUUUUGUAAUGCUUGGCUCUAAUGUAGCUGCUUUUAGCAAUGGUGAAAGCCUUACUUGUAACCUACAAAUCAAUGUAACUGACACCUAAUUUGAGCAAGGAUGAGUCAGUGGGAGGGUUGAGGGUUUUUUUUUUUCUGGAUGGAAAAUGCUGCUAGUUCCUUGUACUGUUAAUUAUAUACGGUGUUUAGGAUUUGAGCUAAUUCCAAAUAGGUAAGCAGUGACAGAAAGACAAAUAAGUUGCGCAGGACUUUUUCUGAUUGAUAUUUGUCAAUGAUUUUCUUUGGCUGGACAGAUCACAGGAAAAAAGAAACAAGGUAUCUAUUGUAAAAAGGCACCAUCAGGUCAAUAAACAGUGUGUUGAGGGUUUCAUUGAGUGCAGACGCUACUUCACCCAUCAAGCAACAGCACACAGAAAUGAAAGCGCCAGGCGCCAUUAAGGCAAUGUUUACUAUUUAACCAUAUAAAAUAACAGGGAUGAAGCAUAAGAAUGCAUUUGUCUGAUGCAUUGUUGCCAUUGACGCUAUUUCCCAUGGUAUGAGAACUGUAGCUUUCCUCCUCUAAUGACGUGUUCUUUUAAAAAAAAAAAAAGUGAAACAUGCACUUGUGCAUUGCUGCGUUCACCUGCCCUUCAGCAGAGCGCUGCGUUCACCUGCCCUACACCUGCCCUUCAGCAGAGCGCUGCAUUCACCUGCCCUACACCUGCCCUUCAGCACUGCUGCGUUCACCUGCCUGCUGGCCUGAAGGAAUGUUUGGAACGAGUUUGGUGGUGACUACUGACAUGCCUGCUCUCAUGCGUGCUUCUGUUUCUUCUCUGAUUUGAGUCCAGCAGCCACUCCCUUUGAAAUCCCCCACAGCAUCUCCGUAUUCCCACAGACUUCAGCCCCUGUAAGCUAUCUUGUUUUAGUGCAAAGCAUGACCAAGAUUGCGAUGCCUGUUGCUCAAGUAAAGGGCUUUUUACAUGCACGUGAAAAUGUGUCAAGAGGGUGUUGCAAUAGAAAGCCACUAAUAUGGUUCUAAUAUAUGAAUAUAUAAUUAUAUUUACACAAAGGACUGACAAAAUAAAAGUUAUUAUUGAUAUCAUCUUAUGGACUCAGUAAUACCACUAAUGAAGGCAUUGUGUUAGUGGUUCUAGUCUGUAAGGCAUAAUCUUUUUGCUGUUUUUCUUUUUCUUUUGCUUUAGAAAGAAAUGAAGCCUUAAUAAAUAAUAUCCAUUUAGAAAGCGUCUCUCCCUU